GUGAUCGUGAUCAUAAAGAGAAAUCUAAAAACAUAAUAUUAGAAGAUAAUAACUUGCGAUUCGUUAAAAUAGACUUUCAAAGAACUUAUCGAAAAUAUAUGUAUCUAUGUGAAUUAAUAUCAAUUCGAUUUACACAUAAGAAUUAGUAGAGUAAAAAAAACAAUUAAUUGAGGGUUGAACGGAAACCGAUUGAGUGCAAACGUUUACCAAAAAUGCAAAUUAUGUUUGGAACAAUUUUAUGUGUUUUAUUGAAAGGUUUAAUAUUGACAAAGGCAACUAUCACGUCGAAGGAUGAUAACACUUCAAACAUCCUUCAGGAAGAAAGUAUUUCCAUGUAUCCGGAUUUAAAUUUCACGCAGGAUAUUUUAAUGUCCGAGAAAAAUAAUCAUGUACUAAAUUUCAAAUCUGACCGGAGUCAUUCUGAUAGUAUUAUGAGAAAUGAGCAAAAAGUCGAUGAAGUUACACUUGCAAAUAUUUCUAUCAUCCCAGAAUCUAUCGAAAACAAUUUGGACAAACCAACAUCUCUCAGAGCAUUUGUACAAUUCGACAGUCAAUUCACAGAAAAAGUAAACGACAUUUUUGUGACAUUGAGAUGGAAUCAACCUGAAUCCGAUGAAAUAGUACAAGGGUACACGGUGCAGUGUUUUUUCAUUUAAAAGCGAUUCAAAUCUGCGACGAUAAAAAUAUCACCACUACAAAAUUGGAGCACACGGUUCACAAUCUAACAUUUAACAUGACAUAUUAUUUUCGAGUACGUGCGCAUACAAAAAUUGUUGCUGGAAAUUACACGGAUUUAAUCAAUGUGUCGACUACACAUGGAAAUCCAAUACCUAAAUUAUUACUCACAAUGAAUUGAGAUAUCCAAAUAUGGGACGCGGAUUUAAACAUCAUUACUAAUUUUGACAUAUCGUUACAAUCAAGAUUAAUAGAUGUCGCUUAUUCGAUACAAGAAUAUAGAAUAUAUUGGAUAACCCGAAGAGACUUAAUGACAUUGAAGAUUAAUGAAAAUAAUAUCUUUGAUCAUGCAACAAAAAUAAAUAGCUUUGAUCAUGAUCUACAUGAUCUCUGCAUUGACUGAGUAGCAAGGAAUCUAUAUUUGACCUAUCAAGAGUCAGGCUACUCUGUAAACUCUGUAAACUCUCACUACAUUGUAAAGUUCGACUUAACAAUAUGGGAAAAUGGCAUAAUUAAAUUUGAUAAUAUUUUGAAAAAAAUCUUUGCUAUUGACUGUUUAAAUGUAUUACCAUCUAUAGGAAUUUUAUAUUACACAUCAUACAAUCAGACGACUACAAAAUAUGAUAUGAUAAAAUAUCAUUUCGAUGAAAAAAACGAGCAAAUUGUUGAGAUGAAUACUUCCUUUCAACUAAUUUAUUAUAUAAAGUCUUUUAGUAAUAU